AUGUCCCUUCGAAACCUCCAAUCUUCUCUUUCCAAAAAUCAGGAAAAUAUACACACCAACAGGUCAUAUGUUUCCAACGACGAUGAACUCCAAACCUCACCACCUCCUUCCAUUGACUCCUUGGCACCUACUUUUGCACCUGAACCACCUUGUUUACCAUAUACACAUUCGAAGGAAGACUUGCGCAAUUCUCCGUCUCCUUCUUCCAGUAAACCUUGUACCAUCGUCGACAACGGCAAAAUAUCCAUUACGACUGAUUCUUCUGAAGGGAAUUCUUCAUCACCACCAGAUCGUUUAAAAUGGCGUUUAGCAAGUGGGUUUUUUGCAUACUUUAUGUGCGGCUGGGGCGAUGGUGACUUUAUGGCCGAUUAUCAUAUCACUUUCAUGAUGUCCUCCUUACUAUAUGCUGCGACUACUGUCGGGUUCAUAGUUGGAACUAUGUUGGUGGAGUCAAUUAUAAACCAACUUGGCCGCUUUCGUCUUGUUGCGGACCAUUCAUCCUGGAUUCCAGCCAUACAAUUGCUCAAGACAAAGCAAAGUGAUAAUGAAAUAGGUUACUCUCCCUCUCAAGCCCGUCAUAUAUCAUUACUAGUUUCGAGCAUUUUGCAUGGGAUGUUCUUCGUUAUGAUGGGAUCAAGAGGAGGUUUCUGGGCGGCUUUCGGUGCCUACGCUGUUGCCGCUUUUGCGAGGUCUGUCUUGACAGCUUCAUUAAACGGUUAUUUCGCAGAAGGGCCAAAGCAAUCGCUUGGAUAUGCUUUUGGUUUGUGGAGUUUAGGAAGUGUUGCAUCUCCUUUGCUUUGCCAGUCCCUCAUCGCGGUCAACGUGCCUUGGUUUAAUUUCUAUCUUGGUUCUCUAGUGCUAUCAGCUGUUAAUGUGGUCUUCCUGGUCACAACUUUUAAGCCAACGCUCCGUGAGCAUUUGCAUGACCGUCAGAAUGCAAUUAUGCUCGCAGCGAAAUGCGAUAAUAAGGACACCUGGGUAGCAAAUAAAAACAAGGAACAUUUUACUUCGGAAUCUCGAUCUGAAAACGUCGCAAGCAACAAAAAAGGCACGAAUCCAACCCUUUCAAGCGCCCUAAAGAUGAAGUUCCAGUGGGCAAUUUGUUUGUUCUCAUUACUCUACUACGGAUGUGAAACAUCGACGUCAGGAUUUAUUGUGUCAUAUCUACUGGAUAUCAGAAACGCUAAUCCAAAGACUGUUGGAUACGUCUCAUCUGGUUUCUGGGGUGGCAUCACUAUCGGACGGUUUGUUUGGGGACAUGUAACCCCAAAUAUCAUCGGUUUGGUUUACGGACCUGUCUUCCCGGCCUCUUUGACACUCGCCAAUGAUAUUCUACCUCUUGAGGUCCGGAUAAUCAGUAUGGCGCUAAUUUCUGCGGCUGCCAGUUUGGGAUCAGCCUUGUUCCCAUUUGUUGCUGGAACAAUAUUGAGCAUUCAAGGAAUCCAUACUUUGACAUAUUUCACCGUCCCUCUCGCUGGCGCCCUUACUUUUCUCUGGGCCCUAUUUCCAUCCAAACCACCCUCUCGUCCCGAGACAUCUGUCUGA